AAGGCGUGCUGUCGGCGCAGGAGCGCGCUCUCGCUCAAUCCCGGAAGAAGACGCACCGGGUGCAGCCGCGUGUUGGGCGCUGGAAAAGCAGCGUUGCUGUUGUUGUUCGGAGUGCGGAGGAUUCGGGGGAAAAAAAGGGAGUGGGGCGCUGCCCUUCUUUGAUCGCAGCCGCUCGGCGCCGAAAGCACUUACGAAGGUGGGACGUUAAGGGGCGACGGGCUCGGAGUCGUGAUGUUGAGCUGUCGCGCCGUGGUGUGUGGACCUAUCGGCCAAGCGGACUGGGUUCGGGACCUUUGAUCGGUGUCGCACGUCCGGCGCGCUGCAGGAUCGUCUGCUUACGUUGUCGUCGCUGUGGAACUGUCGAAACGAAGGGGCGCUGACGGCGGCCGCCACGAACAGAAGGACCGCAGCUAUGAGACCCGGACGCUUGAUGUUCGCUUUCCCGCUGCUACACGUCCUUGCCACGAUGGGACGCUUUGCGGUGACUGCGCAAGACAGCAAGGCGUCGCACGGCCGACCGACGAUCGUGGUCAACCAGGGCCAGCAGACCGAGCUGCCGUGCGAAACGCGCAACCCGACCUUCAACAGCACGCAGCACGCGCUGCGGGUCGAGUGGUUCCACCUGGGACCCCACCGCAGGGCCCAGCACAGCCCGUCGUCUUCGUCGGGCGCAGCCUCGGGCAGCGCCUCCAGCCAGCCCAUCUACACGGUGGACUUCGGGGCCCCCAAGGACUCCGCCGGGAAGCUCACCACCGGAACCAGGGCCAACCUGCUGCAGGUGGUCCGCUGGGCGCGUCCCGAGUGGCAGGGCAGGGCCUACUUUCACAUGGUGGGCUACCCGUUCUCGCUGAAGGUGACGGGACUGCGGUACGAGGACACCGGCGAGUACGUCUGUGUCGUCACUUUCCGGGACGGCACCGGCCGCAACGCCAGCGUGCGCCUACAGGUCGUCGUGCCACCGGAGCUGCCCGUGAUCGUGGACGAAUCGGGACGCAGCCUGCACGGCACCGUGGGACCGUACGACGAAGGCUCGCGCCUGAGCCUCCUCUGCCGGGUCAAAGGAGGGAAGCCGUCCCCGGUGCUUACAUGGAAGCGCAACGGCAACUACUUCCCCACGAAGGCGCUGACUUCAGUGGCCGGAGACGUCAAGCAGUCCAAGCUCACGCUGUCGUCCCUGCAGCGGAGCGACCUCAUGGCCACCUACACAUGCGUCUCCUCCAACAACGUAUCCAGUCCGAUGGAGGUCUCCGUCACGCUAGAACUGAACCUGGCCCCGACGUCGGUGCAGAUCCGCAAGAGUGAGGCUCCCAUCUCGUCGGGCCUCACUGCCGAGAUCCUGUGCGAGGUUUGGGGCUCGCGGCCUCCGCCCGAGAUCACCUGGUGGAAGAGCAGCGAGCAGCUGAAUCAGACCUUCGUGCACGUGUCGCAGGACGGGAACCUGACGACGAGCGUGGUGGCCUUCUCGCCGCAGCGCUCCGACAACGGCCAGAUGCUGGUGUGCCGUGCGCAGAACCCGCGCCUCAGAAACAGCGCCCGCGAGGACCAGUGGGAGCUCAGCGUGCACUACAAACCGAGGGUGCAGCUGCGUCUCGGACACCAGAUGUCGUUCGACAACAUCCGCGAACGGACGGACGUCACCUUCCUGUGCGUCAUCGACGCCAACCCACCGGUGGAGGAGGUCCAGUGGACGUUCAACGGCCGCGAGCUGCGGCCCGCCCCCACGGCCGCAGAUAUGCUUGGCGGAAAGAGGCCCGUGCGCAACAACCUUGUCAUUCGCAACGUCGGCACCGCUCACUCGGGCAACUACUCCUGCUUGGGAGCCAACUCGGAAGGCGUGGGCACGAGCGCUGACGUCAGCAUACACGUCAAACACUCCCCCGUGUGCCGUUCCCACCAGCGAGUGGUGUACACGGCGGCACGCGCCGAGGAGGUCGACGUGUCCUGCGAGGUGGAGGCCCACCCGGCGGCUGUCACUUUCCUCUGGCUCUUCAACUCCAGCCUGCAGAGCCACCAGCUCGACUCGGUCCACUGGAACGGCACCCAGAGCACGGCGCGCUACGCGGCGCAUUCCACCGACGAUUACGGCACGCUCCUGUGCUGGGCCCGCAACGAGGUGGGACGCCAGGAGCAGCCGUGCGUCUUCCUCGUCGUGCCUCAGGGGACCAGAAUCCAGCUAUCCGACGAGACUCUGCUGACGAUGCUGAUAUCGGCAGUCACGGUUCUGUUCCUGCUGCCGCUGUGCAUCAUAAUUGCGCUUCGGCUGCGUAACAAGCGAAAUGACGAGGAAGAGGGCCCGCAGACGCCCAAGAGCAGCAACCACCAGUCGCAGUCGCAGCCGCAGCCGCAGCCGCACCAGCAUUCAUCUUCGAAGUCCGGAAGCGGCAAAGGGGCACACAGCAAUGGCAAGGCGGACGACUACUGGAUCAGCCGCGAGACGACCACGUAGCGGGAGAGCCCGGAGUCACCGUCGCCCGCUGCCGUGGCCUACGCGGCGGCGGCGGCAGCGGCGACUCCUGAACGGGGCGUCGAACAACCGCCCCUGUCCGCACCGCCAUGCUGGUGGUCGGACACGUCGGCGCGCCACGUCGCGCUCACCGCUGCGGUGGCCACACCGGCCCACGCACUUCCUGAGCGAGAAGCCGUGGCGCUGGCCUCCUUCCACGCGGGCCAGCCACCGCCCCAGCGUCGGCUACCGCAGCACCUGCACCUCAUGCCGCAGCUGUCAGCGCACGAGCAGGAGCUGCGUCGGCGGAUCCAGCUGCAGCAGCAGCAACAGGCCGCCUGUGUGAUGUCGGCCCGAGUGGCGGCAACACACGGGGGCGUUGACACCGGUUACGGAGUCUGAGAAACAAAGGUGCCUUAUGCGUCUGUUCUGAAGAAAUACUGCCGCUCAACAAGCUCCAUUUCUGUGUGCACCCUUCCUACUUCAUAGACGAUUCCUUAAACAGUUACCUUUUAAAGCAAAACGCAGUGGAAGCGUCCCGCUAAGAAAAAAAAGAUCUACAAAAUCACAACUAGUAUUGCAUAUCGGAAGACAACAGCACUAAACAAGCAUCUGCGUUCAAGUGUUGGUUUGUGUGAAUGGACAGACAAUUCAAAUAGCCUGCAAUGAGGCCGAGCUUCAAGAGGACUGAAAUCGCUUUGUUGGAGCUGCCUCAAGAGACCUGAAUUGUGCUCUAGGGAAGUGUUGCCAUGGGUGUCGUGUGAAAGAAGGAGAAAGACUGUGAAAAAAAAAAAAACUCGAAACCAAAACCUUCGUAAGGUGCGAGCGCUUUGGUUCCCAAAUCUACCCUUUCUCCCUUUGCGGUGCGCGUUAUGAGACAAAAUGUAGGUAGCAAAACAAAAAAAAUUCCCCAGGGACAUUGUGUCAAACACUGCUUCACGUUUGAAGAGAACAUGUUCACAGAGAACGUGCGUUUGGCCAUUAGGAUUUCCGUGACUUGCGCACCAGCAUUUCCCAUCUCGUCACGUGGCUGGCGUCAACGUACUUUUUCGGUAUUGUGUACAAAUGUUUUCAUGCAUACAUGGACAAAUUUACCGAACUGACUACCGGUGCUGUAUAGACGUAGGUAGAAGCGUUUACCUAUUUUUUUUUGUCUCAAUCGACUAGACUCCAUCAUCUUCGAUAACCCCUAGCUCGCCCAUCACGUGAUCUCUUCCCGUCACCGACACUGCCUGAAGGCAUGGAAAAUGUAUGUUAAUUUGUGCAUGCGGUUGUCCUUCAUUAAAAAAAGAAUCACAAAGGUUCAAAUAAUCCCAGGAAAGUGUCUUUUCAAGUAAUGUAAAGUGUUAUCACGCCUAUACAACUUGC